CUGAUCUCACACACCCCGCUUCAUCCUGCCGCUCGCUGCCGCUCGCUGCUGCUCCGAUCUUCGAUGCACUGGCUGCACCGCCUUGCCUCCAGCCCACUUCGAGCGACGGCUGCAUCAACUUGGCUGCCCGUGCGUGUGGUGCCCUGUCGUCCCACUUGUCCCAAUCGCACCCCAACCCGGAACGAGUCUGGAGCCUCCAUCCAGACCUCCAGGGGCCUCGUCCAGCAACUCGAGGAUUAUCUCUAUCUGCAGAACGUCACGGCGGCAUGGAACACUUACCAAGCUCUGCAUGAGACCCAGCAGGUCGACCGCAUCUCGCAGCAUCAGUAUUCCCACCUCCUGUCGAUCGCCGCAUCCAAGACCGCCUCCGAUCUGGAUCUGUUCCUGACCGACAUGCGCCGCUCGCUGGGCAAACCGCCGACCGACACCGACUAUGAGAUCCUGCUACGCUCAAUGGCUCGCCAGGGUAGCCUCGACCGAUUCGAAUUCUAUCAUGCCGAGCGCACGAGCCUGCACGGAAGCAACCGGGCCUAUGAGCUGUCUUAUUGGAACAAUCGGAUCCUGGCUCUGCAGCGGGCGGGCGAGGCUGUCGAGGCCCUGCAGCUGUAUGAGCUGGAUCCGCAGUUCACGACAGCCUUUCUUGAUCCUGAGGCCGCAAUCGCUCUCCUUGACGCCUGCAUGUCGCUUGGCCAGUUUGAGCGGGUCCUGGCGCUCGUCGAACGCAUGCAGACAAGUGGUCUCCAGCCCGGCACUCAAGUCCACCGAAUAGCCAUGGAGGCAGCGUUCGAGCUCAAAAACUCAAAGACGGUCUAUAACAUUCUCGAAAGGUGUCGGAUCCGAGAUCGCAAGAGCGCUAGCUAUCUGUACUAUGUUCCGCUGCGGGCAGCCUAUCUGCUGGACAGGGAUCUCGGCCAGGUCGAGGCGCUGCUUGCCAAAAUGCAGCACUCUGGCUAUGAUCCCAUCAAGUGUGUCCCUUCGUUUGUGCUCAAGUACUGGGCCCAGCGGAGGAACUACUCGAUGCUAUUUUCGCUGUGGAAGCGGCUGAUUCCAAAGCGAGAGGAGCUCUACAAGACGCACCAUCUGCGGCCGGACUUGCCGACGGAGCUCUGCGGCAGCCCGAUCGUCCCCGAGCUGUUUGCCCGGUUUCUGGAGAUGGCUCGGGGCCACGACAUCAAGGUUAACCACAUCCUCCUCCUCUCGCUGAUGGACGGCUACAUCAAGGACGGCCAGCUCGACUCGGUUCGUCGGAUUCUGGAGCUGGCGCUGCCGCUCCGGAUCGAAAGAAUCGUGUGGGUAUUUGACUCGGCCGUGCGGGCCUUUCUGGACCAAGACCCCGGGAGAGCCAUGUCGGUCUUUCUGAUGAUGAAGGAGAACAAGAUUGCGGGCAACUUUCCUCUCUAUCAGGCCCUGAUAGAGCACUUUUGCAAGACCAAAGACGCUGCCGCGCUCGCGAUUGUCCAGGGCCAUCUCCACACGGACGUGCUGGCCUUAUCGGCGUCGGUGCAUCAAAAGCAUUACCUCAUCGAACGUCUGCGGAUAGCAUUUGAGGGACGGCAGCUCGAGUUGGAGCAAGUUAUCGGAUCGCUCGCCUCCCCGUCGGACCGCAUCUUGUGGGCCUCACAACCGUCAGUCUGAGGCCGGCAAUCGGCCCCCUCCCCGGAAGUACUCACGAUGGAUCGCCCUGUUUGAAAUACAGCAUGUCAUGGACAUCCCGGUCGUCUUGGGGGA